AUGAGCUUCACACGUGACGACUAUACGGUCGCAUGGAUCUGCGCCUUGCCGCUGGAAAUGGCGGCCGCGAAGGUCAUGCUGGACGAGAUUCACCCUCCGCUCCCCCAGCCACAAAGCGACCACAAUGUCUACACACUUGGGAGUGUCAACGGCCACAAUGUGGUGGUGGCCUGUCUGCCUAGCGGUGUUUAUGGGACGAUAUCCGCUACAGCUGUCGCGUCACAUAUGCUACAUUUCGGACCAACUGCCACUUCAAGUGGUAUUAUCCAAUAUGACUACGGCAAGACACUUCGCGACGGACGAUUCCAGCACACCGGGUCGCUUAAUAAACCACCUCCAGUGUUGUUAAGGCUGUGUCUCAAUUAG